AUGAAGGACCGACUUCAAGAACUAAAGCAAAGAACAAAGGAAAUUGAGCUCUCUAGAGAAAAGGAUGUGUCGACUAUAGAAGCAGAGGAACAAGGGGUGUUUCUGCAGCAAGCUGUUAUUUAUGAAAGACAGCCUGUAGCUGAGAGACACCUACAUGAGAUACAAAAACUACAGGAGAGUAUUAACAACUUGACAGAUGAUGUUCAAAAAUUUGGGCAGCAACAGAAAAGUCUGGUGGCUUCUAUGAGAAGGUUUAGUCUACUUAAGAGAGAGUCUAGCAUUACAAAAGAGAUAAAAGUCCAAGCAGAACACAUUAAUAGACGUUUGGAUGAUUUAGUAAAAGAAGUUAAAAAGUCAGAGGAUGAAAACGGUCCAUCAUCAGUGGUCACAAGGAUACUUAAAUCUCAGCAUGCUGCGAUGUUCCGCCAUUUUCAGCAAACUAUGUUUAUAUACAAUGACACAAUAGCAGCAAAGCAAGAGAAGUGCAGGACAUUUAUUUUCCGUCAGCUUGAAGUUGCUGGAAAAGAAGUGCCGGAAGAAGAGGUAAAUGAUAUGCUUCAUCAAGGAAAAUGGGAAGUUUUUAAUGAAAGCUUACUUCGAGAAAUCAGUAUCACUAAAGCACAACUCUCAGAGAUGGAAGAGAGACACAAAGAACUUGUUAAUUUGGAGAACAAAAUAAAGGAUUUAAGGGACGUUUUCAUUCAGAUAUCUCUUUUAGUAGAGGAACAGGGAGAAAGCAUCAACAAUAUUGAAAUGUUAGUGAAUGGCACAAAAGAGUAUGUUAACACUACUAAAGAAAAAUUUGGACUAGCUGUAAAAUACAAAAAAAGAAAUCCUUGCAGGGUAUUGUGUUGCUGGUGUUGUUCAUGCUGUGGCUCAAAAUAA